UCUCGAGGCCGUUUGUAAAGCGUACCCUGGAUAAUGCAAACGCCCCGAAGGUAUGGUAAUUCUUCGAUGGAACGAGGGCAAGGAAGCAUCCCGACCCUUUUUUCCUGCAUGGGGCAACGAUAGUAAUGAAGCAUUGGUGUAAGGAAGCGCUCUAAAUUGCAUCCUAAGUAAGAGUAAAAGCGCCUUCGAAAAGUGUAGCUUGCGUUCCGGCAGUCGAAGGGUACGCCACGAUGGACUGGAUCAUCAACGACGAGCUGGGGCUUACGGUGGGCCACCUGGUCACGUGGUCGGCGGCCUCGUUCAUGGUGGUUGGCGGUGUUCUGCCGUACAUUCCCCAGUACCGGCAGAUCAAGCAAACGCAGGACCCGGAGGGCUUCUCGCUGCUCGUCUGCCUUGCGCUCCUGCUGGCCAACUCGUUGCGGAUACUGUUCUGGUUUUUCAGCCGCUUCGAGCUUCCGCUGCUGGUGCAGAGUGUGGUGAUGAACCUCACCAUGUUCCUGAUGAUACACCUGUGCGUGAACGUGCGCCGGAACAACGCGAUCAUGCGUAUGCGGGAGCGAGUCUUUUCAGGCACGGAUGUGUUCGUCUCCGAGAGCUACGCAAAGAGUGGCGAGGGAGCGCUGGCAGGAGGCGGUGGAGGUGCUGGUGGUGGUGUGGUCAAUAUUCACCGUGCUUCAGGGGCCAGCUUUGCCAGCCACCACUCAGUCACCGGCGGUGGUGCGGUCACCACGACGACCACGGCAACGGUUACGGCCAACCCGAACAACACGACCACCAUCGGCAUCGGAUCGACGCUGGUAACACCGUCGUCGGACGGUUCCGCCGGGCAGCCGGGAUCGCUGCGGAAGUCCCGAUCGCGCCACUACAUCCUCGAUUUCGAUUCAAGGUACUUCUGGCAGUGGACGGAUUUCCAGUCGUACGUCGACUUUAUGCUGGUGGUGUGGGCCGUCGGGGCCGCCAUCACGUAUCUGAUGCUUUCCGUUACCUGGUUCAUGGAGUCGAUCGGCUUCCUGGCCGUCUUUACCGAAGCAAUGCUAGGCCUUCCACAGUUUGUAAGGAACUACAAGAAUAAGUCCACCCACGGGAUGAGCAUCUGCAUGGUGAUCAUGUGGACCGCUGGUGAUAUGUUUAAGACUGGUUACUUCGUUUUAAGGAACGCACCGACACAGUUCUGGAUCUGCGGUACGCUGCAGGUCAGCUUAGAUCUCGCAAUUCUCCUGCAGGUCUACAUCUAUCGUAAGAAUCCAGCGCCCCGCAACGCGCACCGUGGCGAUUAGCAGUUUGCCCCCCAAAAUAUGGCAACUAUUCAAGGCAACAAUAACAACAGCAAUAGCAACAAGAACAGUAUCCACUUGCAUCGAAAUCAUUCGCCGAAUGGGUGUCCGAUCCUUUCCUCGCCCGACUCGCACGAUACGGCACC